UUCAAGUGUGAAUCUGGACACACUCUUGCAGCCCUGCCAUUUAAUUGCACUGAUGCAAUACAACCAUAAAACUUCUAGAACAAUUAAUUUCAAAAUGAAUUUCCCGCCCAUUUGCAUAUAAACCUCUGAAAAUUCUCACACCUAUGUGCUCAUGUGACAAAUUUAUUGUCUUGUACAUAAAACUAUUAAAGUGGCCGGGAAAUCAACAAUUAGUAUGUUUAGCGAACCAAGAUGAAUGAUCAUCAGAUCCCUAGCUGAGAUGCAGACUAAUUUGUCCUUGUCCUUCUCUUUAGGAGACCUUUCUAAGCAUCAAACACAACACACAGCAGAGAAACCAUACAAAUGCCAGGAGUGUGGGAAAUGUUUUGCUCAGAAGACAGAUCUUGUGCCUCAUCUGAAGAUUCACACAGGAGAGAAACCAUACUCAUGCCAGCAGUGUAGGAAAGAUUUUGCUCACAAGUCAUACCUUGAAAGGCAUCAGAGAGUGCACACAGGAGAGAAACCAUACACAUGCCAGGAAUGUGGAAAAGCUUUUGCUCACAAGUCAGUUCUUGUGAGUCAUCAGGGAGUUCACACAGGAGAGAAACCACGCAAAUGCCAGCAGUGUGGGAAAUGUUUUGCUUACAGAUCAGACCUUGAGAGACAUCAAAGAGUCCACACAGGAGAGAAACCGUACACAUGCCAAGAAUGUGGAAAAGCUUUUGCUCAGAAGUCAGUUCUUGUGAGUCAUCAGGGAGUUCACACAGGAGAGAAACCAUACAAAUGCCAGCAGUGUGGGAAAUGUUUUGCUUACAGAUCAGACCUUGUCAAUCAUCAGAGACUCCACACAGGAGAGAAACCAUACAAAUGCCAGCAGUGUGGGAAAUGUUUUUCUUCCAAGUCAUUCCUUGUGAAUCAUUGGAGAGUCCACACAGGAGAGAAACCAUACAAAUGCCAGGAGUGUGGGAAACAUUUUGCUUACAGGUCAGUCCUUGUCACUCAUCAGAGAGUCCACACAGGAGAAAAACCAUACAAAUGCCAGCAGUGUAAGGAAUGUUUUGCUCAGAAGUCACACCUUUUGAGACAUCAGAGAGUCCACACAGAAGAGACACCAUACAAAUGCCAGGACUGUGGGAAAUGUUUUGUUUACAGGUCAGAUCUUGUCACUCAU